AUGAUAAUAUUUAUAUUAUUUAUUUGUUUUAGUUCUACGUUUGGAUAUUUUACUAUACCAGGAAAAUGCCCGGAUAACGUUGGGUUGCAAGAAGAUUUCAAGUUAGCUGAUUUUUAUGGAAAAUGGUACCAAGCUUACCACUUCUCGAGUGACGGUCAGGUAAAAAACAACUGUUCUACCAUUGAACUGAUGACGAGACCGUCUGGAAUCUACCUCAACCAGUCUAGAGUUGACCGAGGGCUAUUUCACCGGUUCAGUGUUGGAAAAGUUGACAUUCCUUCCAAAAUUGAGGAUGCAGCGAAUUUGGAUUUGAUAUUUGCUUUUAAGAAUGCUCCUAGGCGAUUGAAAACAAGAAGAUAUCCGUUCAGAGUUCUAGCGACUAACUACAAUUACUACGCAACAAUCUACACUUGCCAAUACAGUCCACUAAUAGAUAAACAUUUUAUAUACGUGUGGAUACUUUCACGAAAUCAAAUACUGAAUGACGUAUCCAAGGAGUUGGCAGUUAAACCUCUUCAGAACAUUGGAAUACAACCAACGCAACUGGUCAAAGAUGAAAGGGACAAAUGUGCACCAAAAUAUUACGAAGAUGUCCCAGUCGAGCCUAUGACGUUUAGAUUCCCUGUGCCUAUAUAA